UAAGCUAAUGGUGUUCUUUGAGCCUUUACUUUCAAGGGCAGCUACCUACAAAGAGUCGAUGGAUGUUGUUGUUGAAAUAUCUCACUUGUUGGCAAUGCGUUUGGAUGAGAAGAUUGCAAUGCUUGACAGGCAAAGGAAAAAUGAGGAUGUUGUAGUUGGUACCCCGUCAUCUGUGUGUUUGGAGAAAGGUGGUACGGAAUUGACCCCCUCAUCCAUUGGCCAGUUACAACCUAUUGGGGUACGACGUACGAUGGUGUUUGAUUCCCCACAAACGAAUGAACAUGAAGGAAGUUGUGCCGGUGGUGGUGGUGUAUCGGGAAGCGUUGGAGGUUUAUCUGGCAGCUUUGCUCGGGGUUUAUCAGGAAGCUUCAAUGAUAGAAUAGAUGCAAUGGAUGCAAUUGCAGCUGGUUUAACAGGUGGCUUUGAUCAUGAUGAUGAUGAUGAUGUUGGUGGCAUUCCUAGCCUUGAAAGCAUAGAUGUGGGCCUAGAUGGGGUCCAAGCAAAUGGCAAUGAGGUUUUUCCUUUGUUAGAUCCUCCAAUACCUCCAAGACCGGCCCACAAGACUACUAGUUACCGGUAUAGGUCAUGUACCGAGCGUCUGAAGCGGCCAAUUACCCAAGAACAACUAAUGAACAGAGAGACUCUAGCUCCUAGCUCAACCAAUGAUGUUGGUCCUUCUUCUCCUUGUCCUCCAUGUCCUCCUCCAUGUCCUCCUCCAUGUCCCCCUCCUUGUCCUCCAUGUCCUCCUCCUCCAGCUCAACCAAAGGCUGCACCGAGGAAGGCAGCGGCACCGAGGAAGACAGCGGCGCCAAGGAAGCCUGCGGCACCGAGGAAGCCAACAGCACCCAGGAAGCCAGCAGCACCCAGGAAGCCACGGAAGAGCAAGAAGGUUGAUGAGCAACAACUUAUAGUGCAUCCGCAGCAACAACAACCGCAACAAAACUUCGUGCAUCCCCAGCCACCCCAACAGGAAUUUGUACAAAGUGUUGGUGGUAUACAAAUGUUGGAUGGUUCCUUUAGGUACUAUGCCCGGCCUGUUUCAGCUCCCAGAUGUGUAUAUCAACAACAACGACCAUAUGUUGGCGAUGGAUAUAUUGAUGGCUACAUAGACCCGUCUGGGGACCAUGUCACGUUUGGUUCUCCUCAACCGGGGCAUUCUCAAAUGGUGCAUCCUCAAAUGGGCCAUCCUACUCAAAUAGGUCAUCCUUCUCAAAUUGUCCAUCCUUCUGAGGUGAGCCAUCUUUCUCAAAUGGGCCAUCCGAUCCCUGUUAUAAACUCGUACCAUCCUGGGUCGUCAUCUUGUCAAGGGUGUUCCUCCGUAGGUCAGUUUCGUCCACUAAACAACAUCAACAACAACACUGCUAUUGUUUAUAAUAACCAUUUUCCUUCGUUUACGCAAAAUGGAAGUGUUUCUAUGCAACCUGUUUCAGGCAACGAUGGUGGUUCAAAGGCGACGAUGGUGGUUCCUAGAUUUAUACAAAAUAUGUUGUUGGGAGGAAAUGGCGAAGGUUAAGGACUUGUAAUUCAUUCAAUUGGAAUAGUUGUUGUGUUUGUGAUUUACUCAAUUGGAAUAGUUUGUUUGUGGGAGACU